AGAGGAAGAAUACUGUUUUGUUAGUGUGAUUGACUGACUUUGACCAACUAUGUUGAGCUGUAAUUACGGGAAACAAUCAAAUCUCUAUGUGGAGUUGGUGGCAAACUUGUCUGACCACUUCUUUGUAUUUUAGUAGGACUGGUUUGACAGCUUCGGCUCCGAUGAGCCACCUUUCUGCUGCUGGGUUAAAGAAAUGCAAACUGGUACAGCAAGUUUGACAGAAAUGCAAAAAAAAUGGCUUAUUGUCUGUGCAAAUUUACCCACACUGCUCUUUCCUAUCUCUGCUGCGUUCACUUGCUUUUUGUUUCUGCAACAUGACUUGAUACAGCGAGAAAAGUUGCAGGAACUGAGGAAGGGGGUAGGAAAGAAAGAGAGGGACACCAAGGAGAAGACACAUAGAUCUGAUACUGAACAGAAGAGGGAAAAUAUUGACCUACAAGGUUUGUCUCACCAAUUUGGAACCACCCAUGUGAAAAUAGAAUAUGGCUGCAGAAAAUUUUGGAGACUUCUUGAACAAAGUCAAGGAAAUCCAUGAGAAAGAAGUUCAUGCUCUGCAAACCAAGCUGAAUGACAUAACCACUGAGAGAUCCCAAGAUGCCCAGAGAAUCGAAGAGCUGUUUGCUAAAAACCACCAACUCCGAGAACAGCAGAAAGCCCUGAAAGAAAAUGUGAAAGUGUUGGAAAACAGGUUGCGAGCUGGGCUCUGUGACAGGUGUCAAGUCACACAGGAACUUGCUAAAAAGAAGCAGCAUGAGUUUGGGAAGGCCCAUUUCCAGAGUCUUCAGCACAUCUUCAUCCUCACUAAUGAAAUGAAUAAGAUGAGAGAGGAGAACAAGCGCUUGAAAGAAGAGCUGAAGAGGUUAUGUGGAAGAGAGGACAGACCAAAGCAUCUCAAAGGGGUGGCCAGAGAAGGGAGCUCCACUCCAGACUCACUACUGCCCUUGCUCUCUGCACGGAACAACAGAAAAUCCAGCACCGAGAAAAUGGCAAACCAAGAAGCAGAAGACAAAUAUGAUCAGUCUCCUCGACAAAGAAGUUCUCCGAAUAUGAGGAUCUCCCCUAAUAUGAUUCUCCAUGGAGAACCUGCUCUUGAGAUGAGUUCACAGAAGAUUGCAAACCAGUUGCAUGGAACAAUUGCAUUCAUGAGGCCUGGCUCAAGAUCCAUCAUGGAAGAAAGAGAGGGAUCAGGAAAUGCCACCCCACCCUCCAUGAAUGAAACCCCGCCAUCCCCUCAACCAGAUCAAAACCACAGCUUUGAAGCCUAUCUAAGGGCUAGCCAAUCAGACUGCCAUGAAAUUGCUUCAUCUUACGAGACUCUGAAGUUUGCCACCAGAAAAGAGCAACUCUGCCUCCUCAACCAACAUUUCGCCCUGCGUCACCUUGGACUUCGGAAUAACUCCAUCAGCAAGGAGGGUGGUUUCCCACACCACUUACUAAUGGCCAGAGAGGCAGGGGGCAGAACACGAUCUCAAGAUGAGUGGGAAGACCAGGCCACCAUCUUGGAUCUCCCUGGUGCCGUAGUGUACAUGAAGGACCGUCAUUUGGAGAACAGACUCCAGUUCCUUAGUCAGCAAGAAAAGUUGCACUAUUUAUUGGCGCAGCAGCAAGAAUGUAGGGCUAAAAUGGAGGACAGUCUGGAAAGUACGCAAUGUCAACUGCCUUCUCCAUUGCCAAGAGUUGGCAAGGUAUUCAAAAGAGAGAGACCCUGUUUGGAUGAUGCAACAAAUGGGACACUCGGGAGAUUGCUCUUGAUCGAUAGGGAAGAACUGGAGCAAGAAGAAAAGGCAGAGGCCAUGAGAGACUAUCUCACUGAAGCUCCACUGGACCUAUCAGAUUCUGGGAGAGGAAGGGAGAACUUGAAGCAGACUAGUUUGCAGCAGAUGUUCACAAAGCAUGAAGCUGGAAGUCCAAGCAGAGACCAGAGUGAAGAGUCUUUUCUUCAGAAGUCUUUUGUGUCUGGCUGGCUCCAGGAGGCUAAGAAUCUCCACAGGAGCAAAGACUCGGAGCAGCACUCCAACAAAACCCAAGACAUUCCGGCAUCUCCAAAUUCUUUACAGCAAGAACGUCCUGUUUCCAAGCCAAACUCAUAUGAUGACCAGGCUGAUUCUGAGACAGAGAUGCCUUUUAAAACAAAGAAUGGAGAAACAGACCAACCAGCUGAUGGAGAUUCUGAGUCAGUGAAGGAAGAAUCAGAGUCUGAUAUGUCAGAUAGUGAGAUGGUUAGUACUUGUGAAGAUGAAAACCUCCAGGGAGUUUCCAUAAAAGAGAAAUCCUGCUGCUUAACUGAGGACAUCCAGAGAUCACAAAGAAAGCGGAAAAGGGAACACAAAUCCUGGACAAAAGCCCACAAAAAGUCACUAGGAAGGAAACGAAAUGGCAAAGUAACUCAAGUCCCAGCCGAUGAACACAAAGCCAUAAAGAAAAUGCCAAACCACAGCCCUGCUUUUGAACACAACGACAGCAAAGAAACAUAGUUUGCACCUGACCUGCCUUCUCAGUCUUCCUACACUGAAGCUGUUGUCUGAUAUUUCUGGCUUAAUCAUAAAUGGCUCCAGAUUUUCUCGCUCUUAUUAACACAGAUAAGCAACCUUCUGUAUCUUGCAAACCUGUUCAUCAAAUUUUCACGCAGCAUGGUUUCAAAUCCUGGCUCAUGAGUGAAUUCGCGAGGACUGAUAACUCAUAGAUGUUUGGAAGCGCUUUAGGAAAUUCUUGACUUCUUUCAAAAUAUGGGCCAUGAGACUAAAAUGGUUCACUGGCUUCAUUCACUCUACCACAUCCUCAUUCUUCUUGCUUAGUGACAGGUCCUGCCAGUUCACUGGCUGUUUAAUAGCAAUUUGAUGGAAGAUUUUAUUAUGGACAUACAAAUUGAUACAAAGGGCUUGUGGCUCAAAGCUUCAUCAUAAUCCAAGUGGAAGAUAAUGCUUUCAAUGGCUUCCAGCCAUUAGAUAUAUUACUGAUGUUGAGUUCUGAGUGCUGGUCACAGAGUUGGAUGGUUUUGUGCUCAAAUUCCCCUCAUGGACUUCUCAAAGAUGCCUAGUUGACCACUGUAGCAACAAAAUGCCAAGCUAGAUAUUUGUUUGGUCUGACCCAGCAAGGUGCUUUCUAUGCUCUUUUAAUUAUUUCAUAAUGUAACCAAGCAGACCAAUUGCAAAAGGAAGGUCUUGGGUUCAAUUCUUGUCAUUGGUCAACAAUAUCAGCCAAGGACAAAGAGACCUGGACUUGGAGAUAAACUGUUAUCCAGAAUUCCCUAUUUGUAUCUAUAGGGCAUAUGGUGGCUGAGGAAGGGGGUUAAUUCUAUAUAGUGAAGACAGAAGGGGGAUGAAAUGCAUACAGAAAAUACUGCCAAUAUAACUGUCAUAAUUAACAUUCAGAUUCUGACAACUCCACAUCUCCAAUGAAGUGAACUAGAGACUAAUGAUGCAGUCCUAACUCAAAGAUGUGACUUAGGUGAGAGGAUUAUGUACAAAUCUCAGAGAUCUGUCAACAGAACAAUCUGCAAGAAAAACUGCUCUGUUGGCAAAGAUCUUCAUGCAGAAGAGAUAAAAAGAGUGAUGGGGAAGAAAAGCACUGAAGUCCCAACUAUCUUAAGUCCAGAGAUAAAACUAUAAGAACAUCAUAAAAUUAAACCAGACAGCGGGUAGUCCUAUGUCAUUUCUAAAAUCCUGAGGCUGGGAAGUGUUUAGAUUUAGUCCAACAACACCUGGAUUAUGGUACAUUUAGGUAGCCUUUGGCCACUUUGCCAGUUAGCAUUGAGAUCUAAACUCCCUUUGACAAUUCUUUUGGUGUGGAAGUAAUCGUGGGAAGGCUAUUUGAACACUAUAUAGUAUGCCAGUAUAGAAAUCAGGUUAACCCAAAUACACCAUAGAUGACUUACCCAAGGUCACACAUGAGGUUAAUAAAGAAAAAGACAUUGGGAGUUUAAAAGAAUACUCUGGGAUUUGAUAUGCUAAAUGCUGUGAUGAAAAGAGUGCAUAAGUACAGCCAAGACCUUAGUUUUAUUUGUAACAAAACAGGUUGUCUGUGUAUCUGUCAGAGCAAUAGAUCAAAUAGCAGCUCCGAAAUUUGACGUGUGGGGUAAAGGGAUUCUAGAGUGGGCCCCAGUGGUAAAUGGUUUCUCAAAAAAUAUAUUUGGAUCCUGCUAUUUCACAGUAAGCCACCAGGUAGCAGAAGUUUAUAGGUUUAUAGUUGACUCGUACAAGUCUCUUUUGCAUUAUAUUUAAACUUUUCUGCUUGGGAGCUCUAAUGCUUCACCAAACUAUAAAUUCCAGGAUUUCCUUGGAUGCAACCAUUGUUGUUACAGGGACAUCAAAGUGCUAUUUUUUGUUACUUACUUACUUAGGUGAUCCUCGUAGCCCGAGGAUGAUGGUCCUCCAAGUGUAGUGUCUUGGCAGUGGGUCCAUAGGAGGCUAUGGAGACCUGUUCUUGAUCUGCAUGUUCUCCCGCAAAGAGAUUCCAGGUGGAAGGCGGUCCCGAUCAGGGUUGGAUUGAUGCACCUUCCUCUUUGCACAUUACUCCCUUUCAUCCUCCAUUUGUGUCUCUUCGAAUUCUGCAGCAUUGCUGGUCACAGCUGGCCUCCAGUUAGAGCACUCAAGGGCCAGAACUUUCCAAUUCUCAGUGUCUAUGCCACAGUUUUGAGGUUGGCUUUAAGCCCAUCUUUAAGUCUCUUUUCCAGUCCACCAACAUUCCAGUUUCCAUUCUUAAGUUGGAAGUAUAGUAACUGGGAGAUGGUGAUCGGGCAUUCGGACAAUGUGUCCAGUCCAGUGGAGUUGAUGACAUUGCGCUUCAGUGCUGGUGGUCUUUGCUUCUUCCAGCACGCUGACAUUUGUCUGCCUGUUUUCCCAAGAGAUUUGCACAAUUUUUCAGUGGCAACGCUAAUGGAAUCUUUUCAGGAGUUGUGUGUGAUGUCUAUAAACAGUCCACGUUUUGCAGGCAUAUAGCAGGGUUAGGAGGACAAUAUCUUUAUAAACAUGCACCUUGGUAUUUCUACAGAUAUCCCGAUCCUCAAACACUCUCUGCAUAAUUCGGGAAAAUGCUGCACUUGCAGAGGUCAGGCGAUGCUAAAUGUUGACUUUUGUGGAGAGGUGGCUGCCAAGGUAGCAGAAAUGCUCAACAUUUUCUAAAGUUACACCAUUAAGCUGUAUUUCUGACAUUGAAGAGGGAUUGGCUGGUGACUUCUGGAAGAACACUUUGGUUUUCUUGAUGUUCAUUGAGAGGUCGAGUUUCACGUAUGCUUCUGCAAAGGUGUUUAGAGUGGCUUGUAGGUCUUCUGAAUGUGCACAGACUACAUUAUCAUCAGCAUAUUGGACUCCUAUAACAGAAGGCACCCUCUCAGAAAAAGCUUCCGCCCCUCCAGAGGAACCGUGGACAUGAUCUUCGCUGCACAGCAGCUCCAAGAAAAAUGCAGGCAACAAAAUCAACCUCUGUACAUUGCUUUCAUUGACCUUGCAAAGGCAUUUAAAACAGUGAAUCGCAGUGCUCUCUGGACCAUCCUCCAAAAAAUCAGGUGCCCUGAGAAAUUUGUGAAAAUCCUGAGGCUCCUCCACAAUGACAUGGUGGCAAUGGUCUUGGACAGCAAUGGCUCCCAAAGUGACCCAUUUAAGGUGGAAUCAGGUGUCAAACAGGGAUGUGUUAUUGCCCCAAAUUUAUUUUCCAUCUUCAUCACUCUGAUACUUCAUCUUGUUGAUGGGAAGGUUCCCACCGGAGUGAAAAUCAUCUAUCGGACAGAUGGCAAGCUAUUUAACCUCAGCAGACUGAAAUCCAAAACCAAGGUCACAACAACAUAACAUAACAAAAAAAAGAAUUUAAGAGCAUGGAGUGGGCAAAUCCCUCUCACACACAGCUGUAGAAGUGUAGCAUAACAGGAAGUGGGUCUAGGAAUGUUACCUAGCCAUUGUUUUAUUUACUCAGGGUAUGCAUGAUGUUUCCAGCUCUGACAGCUGUGUAACUUUGCUUGAAGUCUUUAAUGUUUCAAACUUUUGUGCAGAAUACUUUUACCAGUUGUAUAUAAAUGUUACAUUGAUUGAA